AUGGUAAAAACAUACGUCAAUGACCAUAAGUGUGAGAGGACAGGGUAUUCCAAGAUACUUAAGAGGUCAGCAAUUGCAAGUCUAUUUGCUGAGAGGUUAAGGCUGAAUCCUAAGCUCACGGCAAAGGAGAUACAGGCUGAGAUAUUGAGGGAGUAUAAGAUGGAAGUUUUAGAAAACUCAUGCAUUAUGGCCAAGACGAAGGUGAUGAAAGAAAGGAGGAAGACCCAUGAAGAGCAUUUUGAUAAAAUCUGGGAUUACCAAGCAGAGAUAUUGAGGAGCAAUCCUGGAUCAACCAUGGAAAUUGAGACCAUACCAGGAGCCACGGUUGGAAGCAAGCAGCGGUUCUAUAGACUCUACAUGUGUUUCCAAGCACAAAAGGAAGCAUGGAAGAAGACUUGUAGGCCUGUUAUUGGCUUAGAUGGAGCCUUUUUGAAAUGGGACAUCAAGGGACAGUUGUUGGCUGCGGUUGGAAGAGAUGGAGACAAUAGGAUUGUCCCUAUUGCUUGGGCUGUAGUGGAGAUAGAGAAUGAUACAAAUUGGGAUUGGUUUGUGAAGCGUUUGGCCUUGGAUUUGGGAUUGGAAAAUGGGAACGGCUUUGUUAUAAUGUCUGACAAACAAAAGGGAUUAGUGAAGGCAGUUCAUACUCUCCUUCCAGAAGCUGAGCAUAGACAGUGUUGUCGCCAUAUCUACGAGAACUGGAGGAAAGGUGGAAAAGAUCUAAGGUUACAGAGGUUCUUCUGGUUCAUUGCAAGGAGCUACACUCCUGGUAUGUUCAACUACAACAUGGACGAGCUUAAGAACUAUGAUCCUGGCGCACAUGCAUCUCUGAUAAAGACAAAGCCAGAGACUUGGUCUAGAGCUUUCUUCAAGAUAGGCUCCUACUGUAAUGAUAAUCUGAACAACUUGUGUGAGUCCUUCAACAAGACCAUCAGGGAGCCUAGGAAGAAACCUCUGCUAGACAUGUUAGAGGAGAUUAGGCGCCAAUGUAUGACUAGGAACUACAAUAGGUCUAAGAUGGCUAAGGACAGGAAGACUAGGUUCACCCCAAAGACACAUAAAGAGUUAGACAGGGUUGAGAAGAAGUCAAAAGAAUGUAGUCUGCGUUGGGCAAUUGGGCCAGAGACUGAGGUGGAAGAUAGAGACCAGUCUUACGUGGUGAAUUUGGAGAAUGAGACUUGUGCAUGUCGAAGCUGGCAAAUGAAUGGUAUUCCAUGCAUCCAUGCUGCUAAGGUCAUCCUUGGCGUGGGUAGAAAACUCUCUGAAUUUGUUGCUCCUUUCUACACAACCUCUAAGUGGCGUGAAACCUACAGUUUUGGGAUCAGACCUGUAAAUGGAAGAAGCAGAGAUGAGAAUCGAGAUUCUUAA